AUGAUGGCAGGAAUGAAAAUCCAACUGGUGUGCAUGAUACUCCUGGCUUUCAGCUCCUGGAGUCUGUGCUCAGAUUCAGAAGAGGAAAUGAAAGCGUUAGAAGCAGAUUUAUUGACCAAUAUGCAUACAUCAAAGAUCAGUAAAGCAAGUGUUCCCUCUUGGAAAAUGAGCCUGCUGAAUGUUUGCAGUCUUAUAAAUAACAUGAAUAGCCAAGCCGAGGAAACAGGAGAGUUUCCUGAGGAGGAGCUUAUUACAAAAAGGAAAUUUCCAACUACCUUAGAUGGCUUUAGCUUGGAAGCAAUGCUGACAAUAUACCAGCUCCGAAAAAUCUGUCACAGCAGGGCCUUUCAACACUGGGAGUUGAUUCAGGAAGAGGUUCUUGAUACUGGAAAUGAUAAAAAUGAAAAGGAAGAAGUUAUAAAGAGAAAAAUUCCUUACAUUCUGAAACGGCAGCUGUAUGAGAAUAAACCCAGAAGACCCUACAUACUCAAAAGAGGUUCUUACUACUACUGA